AUGUCAGUUGUGGGUCGCUAGUCAAAGCGGGCGGUUCGCUAGCGCGCGUAAGCAUCACAGUGUACCACUAAGCGCGGCAACUGCAGACACUGCAGAGGCGGGAAGGACCUGUAGCCGCGAUGUUGGGCGAUGGGGCAGACAAACCACCGUAUUAACUCUCGUUCCAGCCUGCCGUCCGAAGUGCACUGAACUGUGUGUUGCGUAUGUGAGUGUUUGACCUUUACAGAGGUCUAGUGUCCAGUGUUUACACAUACAAGUUUAUGCAGGUGUAGUUUGAAGAAUUUGGCAAAGGAUUAUUAAUAUUAAGGCAGGGCUGUGGUCGAGUAGAGGAUGUGGCCGGGAACUGUGGGUAGCUGACGGUGCCAUGGCUUGGACCGGAGCCAUACUGCUCACUCUGGCUCUGGGACACGUGACCGGCGCCCACUGGACCCACUCAACGGAUUUGGACCCCAACUACUCAGUGUUCUGGACUCCCGGUGAAGAAGAUAUCACGUUCGAAGUACAAGUACGAACACUGGGAUAUGUCGGCUUCGGUUUCUCGGCGGAUGGGCAGAUGGCAGGAGCUGACAUGGUGACCGGCUGGGUUCGCGACAACCAGGUCUUCUUCCAGGAUCGGCACGCCCUGGAGAGGACCGAGCCAGAGGUGGACUCGAGCCAAGACUACGAGCUGCUGCUGGGGUAUGAGAACGGGACCCACACGGUCAUCAGGUUCCGGAGACGGUACGACACUUGCGAUCCGCACGAUUUCAGGAUCACGAACGACACGAUGAGGAUUCUAUACGCAUAUUAUAAUGACGACCCUGCUGCGCACACGGGGUCUAAACUCGGUGCUCUCCCAUACCAUGGACCGGCACAGAGGGGAGCUAGACGUUUGUACCUCAUCCAGAGGGUGAGCCUAGAGGAGCCCCUCCCGAGGGAUCUUCAUAUUUGGGACCUCAGGAAUCCUGUGGUUACACUUCCUGCUUCAGAGGAAACGUUAUGUUGGUGCAAAAUCUUCAGACUACCAUAUAUCAGAAGGAAACAUCACAUGGUUCGUUACGUACCUCUCCGAGAGCCUGUAAACCGCACCCACGUACACCGUGUGAUAGUGUAUGAGUGUCAGGGUAGCGAGGCUGAGUUCGAAGUGCACGCCAAAGAGAGGGGGCAGGUGUGUUAUCAGUCUCCCAUGCCCCCCAUCUUCUUCAACUGCAACAACGUCGUCAUAGCUUGGGGGAUCGGCUCGGAGGGUUUUACUUUCCCGCCGGAAGCAGGGUACCCUCUGGACCCCGACCUCGGGCCCAAAUACUUCAUGAUGGAGACACAUUACAAUAAUUCGGUUCACAGUGCUGAUAACACAGGCACUUCCGGUAUGCGUGUUUACUACACAGCAUCACUGCGACGUCACGACGCUGGAGUUCUGUCAGUAGGGAUGGAUCCUAACUGGCGUCACAUCAUCCCUCCUGGACAGCCGGAAGUCGUGUCAGAGGGGCACUGCAUAUCGACUUGCACAUGGCAAGCAUUUCCUCCGCGAGGGAUCAAAGUGUUCGCUGCUGCCCUGCAUAUGCAUCUGAUUGGUCGCAGGAUACGCUUGCGGCAAAUACGUAAUGGAGUGGAGCUGCCACCGAUUGCUGCAGACAACAAUUAUGAUCCUGGUUACCAGGAGUACCGAAGGUUGCUGGAACCUGUUCAAGUGUACCGAGGUGAUCACCUCAUAGCACAGUGUGUAUACAACAGCGAGGGACGCACCACAAUCACCCUCGGCGGCCUGACGUCACGCGAGGAGAUGUGUCUUGUGUUCGCAAUGUACUACCCUCGGAUUGACCUGUCUCUGUGCCACAGUUUGCCAUCCCUGCCAACUGUGCUGCAUUCUCUGGGCAUUCAGGAACUCUGGCCGGAUUCCAGCCCUGUGACGAUCAAGUCUCCACCCGAGCUGGCAGACAUGACCCUGGAAAGCCGUCUCGUUACGUAUGACUGGGAGAACCACUUCAGGAGUUUUCAGGAAGCAACGCGCAAAGGCAGCUUCAAGCCUCUCUGCUGGAUGAAGAAGCCUACACUCUUACCGGGAACGGAGAAUUUGGAAGCGUUCUACCCAAACAUAACAAAACCGUUCGAAGCUGUGAAUCUGUGUCAGAAAGUACGGAAAAAGCCUGGACGUAGAAAGAAGCCAGAAGGUGGAGAAGAAGAAGGCCAAGGUGGCGGACAAACCAAAGUUUACAACAGAAUUACAGACCAAGAGACAUCAAAGUUAAAUCGCUGCAACAGAAUAACAUGUUCGUGGCUAGUGUCUGUAAUAAUUUGGAGUGCCAUACUGAUUUGGAGUUGAGUUCAAAGGUUGCAUAGGUGUAUUUGACGAGUGAAUAUUUUCAAGUGGUUCCAGAAAUCAGAGUUAAAUAAAUAUGUCUGUUUCUACGUCUCGCCUAGCAGUAUACUUGCGGCCAAAAUUCACGGCCCUAAAUAUGAGAGUGAAUCUGUUUCAUUCACCGAGAUUAUUCUUGUCGAUGAUAAUGGUGAUAUUGGUGAAGUACCUAAAAUAUUAAGGAUUACGUCUUCUGGGAUGUGGAGCCGUGGCUGCAACCACCUGCUCACGCUGGUUCCUUGUUCACGGAUUUU